UGGCCGAGGUAGGUGCGGGUGCGGGCGGCGGACUGGGCUCCUGGGGGCUGGCGGCUCCGCGCUUCCCCCCAUUCCCGGGGGCUCUCCGUGCCUGAGCCGGCUGUCGGUGGCCGCCGGCGUCGCCUCCCUCCCCGCCCGCUGGGGGAGCGGCCGGGCCGCGUGGGCUGGCGGCAUGGCCGCCUCCUCCGCUCGGCCUCGUGGCCCCCGUCCCCAUGUGCUCUCCCUCGGGUUCCUGCGGCCCUUCCCGGGAAGGUCUAACAGCCGUGGGGGAGCGGGGACUCGCUGGUGCAGGUGAUGACACUUUCCCCGUCAGAGCGACAGUGUUGAUCUCUCGCUGUUAAAGCCAGAUCACAUCUGAUGCGCCAGCGGGAAGCGCCGCUGUGUCCCGCACCCUUGCGGGAUCCGGUGCUGACUGUUCCCUGUGGCUUUUGCCUCCCAAAGCGGAGGGUGCAGGGCGCCGGGAGACCCGAUGCCGCGGGAUGAGGCCUGGGAGGAGGGCGGUUGCCGGUUUUACUCCGCCAUGCCCGAGCCUCCGGCAGGUGGGAAUGGGUGCUGCAAAAUCAGUGGGGAUGUUGAGGCUCUUGGAGACCUGGUGUGAUGGCUGUAGCUGGCAGUGAUGAUCUGCGUGAUGAAGGCAGUUGCCUGGUUUGCUCCACCAUGCCUGAACCUCUAGCCAGUAAGAAUGGGUGCUGCAAAAUCAGUGGGGAUGUUGAGGCUCUUGGAGACCUGAUGUGAUGGCUGUAGCUGGCAGUGAUGAUCUGCGUGAUGAAGGCAGUUGCCUGGUUUGCUCCACCAUGCCUGAACCUCUAGCCAGUAAGAAUGGGUGCUGCAAAAUCAGUGGGGAUGUUGAGGCUCUUGGAGACCUGAUGUGAUGGUUGUAGCUGGCAGCAAUUAAUUGUGUCGUGAGGGCAGUUGCCUGGUUUGCUCCACUAUGUGUGCCACUCUGGCAGGGGAGAAUGGGAUUAAUAGCUUGUCAGUUGUUGUGGACCUGAAGAUUUUUCAAAUGAUUUGUUACAUGUGCGAUUUCCAAGGUGUCAAUAUCUGACCACUGCCAAGAAAAUGAGACGGCUGUCCUUUGCUACAGACAUCUAUAGAUGUACAAAAAAGCUAAAGUUCCUUUAAUUUCUUAUCUUUUUGGAACAUUUUACUAUGUUGUGCCUGGGUUGGUGCGGUGCCAGGUCCCUCUGCUCCCGUGCCUCCAGCAUUGCACAUUAUGAAGGUGUUAGCCUGUCCUAUAAUAUUAUUUUCUGUUUUUUCUAGAGUUAUCUUUGCUGCAGUCUCCCUGAAGUGGGAACACUCUGCCCAACAAUAGCAUAAUCAGUUGCAAAAAAUCAGUGGGUGGGUUUUAUAAAUCCCAGUUCAGUAUUCAGCAAGGUAUAACAUCUGUUGUGAUCAAUAUUUUAGAACAAGUCUGUUUGAUAAAAAGUUACAGUAAAGCCUUUAGCUUCCUACUGAAUAGCUAAAUAAUUCACAGGAGUAGCUCUAAUCACUUUAAGCUUCUUGCAUUUGAAAGUAAGCAGAAAAUUCAGAGUAAUUCUGUAGAGAGGCAAUAUAGCCAGCUGGAUCGUGUUUCUUAACAAGCUGCUGAACUGGGAAUGAAGUAGUUUCAGGUUUUUAAUGGCUCCUGAAAUAUGCUGGAAUCUAAUCUGGCAAAAAAUUGGUCUCUUUUAUCAUUUGGUUUUGAUGAUAUUCUUUACGAUAAUUUGGCUGGUAAGUGCUAGCAGCCAGUGCAGAAAUUAGAGCCUGUAGUUUUAAAAGUCUGCAGAACGGGAACUGUCAGAUGCACGGGCAUCAUGAGAUGCCACAAAGGUUAAGGCGAAGAAAAGUUACGGUGAGCGUCGGGGAAACGACGGAUAUUUGUGUAAAGACGGACCGUUGCCCUAAGCCCGUCGUUGGACGCUGGCCACAGCCUGGCUCCGGGGCCAGCAGCCCGGUCAAAGCCGUGGGGGGGGGCGGUGUCUGUCCAGGAUGGGGACGCCGGUGACACCGAGCGGCCCGGGGAGGAGGCGGCCGCCGCGGGGCUCUCCCCGCCGUCCGUGCCGGUGGCACCGGGGCUCCGCCCGGCCGCCUUCCCCCGUUCGGCGGCGGGGCCAGGGCGCGGGGGAGGCGGGCCGGCUCCUUCCCCCCCGCCCCCCCUCCCUUUAAGCCGGCAAAGCGGGGAGUGAAGGUCGGAGGCGCUGCCAUGGCGGGCCGGGCCGCGCUGCUGGCGCUGCUGGUGCUGCCGGCCCUGCCCCGCCGCGCCGCCGCCGGCUGUGCCGCCCGCCGGCUCUGCUGCCCCGGCCGCCGCCCGGCCUGCCUCAGCACCGGCUGGCGGCCCGACGGCUCCCACGGGCCCUGCUACUGCGACCAGGCGUGUGCCCGCACCCUCGACUGCUGCCACGACUACGCCGAGGCUUGCCCAGUUAUCCCCUGUGUCGUAUCCGAGUGGAGUGUCUGGAGUGGCUGCGCAGAGCCGUGCAAGACAACGUACCGCGUUCGGAGGAGGCACGUCAUCCAGGAGCCCAGGAACGGAGGAGAAGCAUGCCCUCCUCUGGAGGAGAGGGCUGGCUGUGUGGAGUACUGGACUCAGCAAGGAACAGAGUGCAAACAGUCCCUGAUCCCAGCGUUAAUUACAACAGGAGGGUUUGGAAAAGCGAGGAAAAAAAGAUCUGCGACUGAUGGCAAUGAAAAAGCAGGGUACUGUGUUGAAUUCCAGCUUGUGGCCAUCACACCGGGCUGCUUGCAGAGCCAGCACUCGUACACUCACUGGAUGCAGUAUUUAAGGGAGGGCCACACCGUCUGUGUGGAGUGUCAGCACCCGGCUUUAGACUCCAGAAGUCUACAUUGUUAUGGGGAUGGCAGUGGAAGCAAGAAGAAUCAGCUGUUGCACUGGCAGGCGGUAGGGAACCCUCGCUGCAAGGGAACCUGGAAGAGAAUUCGCCAGCUGGACGCUUGCUCCUGUCCUUCUGUUCACAGCUUCUUGUUCAUCUAACUUCUCCUGACAGUCCCAGCAAGUGAGUGCUGUGAUGGCUUGUCUGGCACCAACGUGUGGCAGCUGUAGGAACCACAAGCAGAACAAUGACUUCUCCAUGUCAGAGGCUGCUGUCUGUACUGGGGCAUCCUGAAUCCUCUCUGUCCCUGUGUACUCCCCAGUUUCCAAAGAAAUCAGGCUGGCUGUGAAGUGCCAGUCUCUUUCUGCCCAUCCAUCCCUGAGAGAGGUCUGUCUGACCCUGAUGACUUCUUGCAAAUUCCCCCUUUCUUGAAAUAAGAAAUCGGACAAAAAAGGCCAUAUGAACCCAGAUUUAGUUAUUAUUUUUCCAAAGUCUCAAUGAAGAACCUACAAUGCAAGAUAAAUUGACUCAAGUGCCUUCUUUUCAUGGCAAUGGCACUUCUCUGUGGAUGCUUCCUGCUUGUGCUUGACCAUCUUUUCCUUUUGUUUUCACCCUCCCUGGUCUCAUCAUUUCAUAUUGAUCCUCAGUCUUACAGAGGGUUAAUCUUGUGCUGCUGAGAUAAUGGCAAAACUUAGAUGUGAGUCUGUUCAAAUCUGUGAGAGUAGAAGGUACCGGGGAUCAAAGAGCCCUUAGACUUCAAGUUUCAAGGAGCAUCUCUGAGUUGCCCAAAAAUGCAGUGCAGUCCUGGGGCUCUAAAUAGGAAGUGACCCCAGCUGUACCAGGAGGGCUAGCUAUAGUCUUGUCUUUUUGACUGGGAAAUAUUUGAAAUAUUUUUUUAUAUUCUGCUGAUUUAUAUUCGUACUUUUCUAUAAAUGAAAAUAAAGGCGACUGGAGACAUUC